GAAGCCGGUGGUGGUGGUGGUGGGUGGAAGUGUUUGGUUAGAAGUUAGGACUGCGGGGAGAUAACGGAGGCGCACUGCGCUGGUGGAUGGAGAGCGCGAUGGAGACGCACAACCACGACGCGGACAUUAACGCCAUCUAAUGUGACGAAGAAAAGGCUUGUAUGUGACGAGCGGGCAUGAAGAGUAGGACAAAGAGUUUUAAUGAAGAGUUGAGAUUGAUUUCAAAAGAACAGAAAAAACAAAAGCACGCACGGAUUUGCGCUCACGCAGACACGCGUUUGGCAAAGAUGACAUAGCACUCGAGAAAAUGGGAUUCCUCCGAGAACAGAAGCCCACGACCUGAAUAAAAAGGGAUAUUCAAAUCGGAAUUGUAGUUUUGGAUUUGUUUGGCGCUGUUUUUACUUGAUGGUUGUGCGUAUGAACGCAGAGUGAAAUAUGAAUCUAGGCAACGGACUUCUGUUUUUCCUCCUUCUGAGCUGUGUGACCAUGACUUUGUCGCUGUCCACUUGCACCACAGUGGACAUUGACCACAUCAAGAAAAAGAGAGUGGAGGCGGUACGUGGACAGAUUCUCAGCAAACUCCGGCUGACGAGUCCGCCUGAAACAACAGGUCCAAGUCAGGUACCUUUCCAGGUUUUGGCCCUUUAUAACAGCACCAAGGAACUAAUCGAGGAGCUGGGAAGAGACAGGCAGCAAAGCUGUGGACAGGAUAACACGGAGACUGAGUAUUAUGCCAAAGAGAUUUACAAGUUCAACAUGAUCAGUGGUACACCGGAAAACAAUGACCUCUCCUUCUGCCCUAAGAGUAUCACCUCCAAGGUGUUCCGCUUCAACGUCUCAGCCAUGGAGAAGAAUGCCACUAACUUGUUCCGGGCUGAAUUUCGAGCUUUACGGAUCUCAAACCCCAGUGCCAAGAGAAACGAGCAGAGGAUUGAACUCUACCAGAUCCUCCAGAAAGAUGACCCCAAAGCCAAACAGCGCUACAUUGGGGGCAAGAAUGUCCUGACCAGUGGGCCGCCUGAGUGGGUGUCCUUCAAUGUUACACAGACAGUGAGGGAGUGGCUUAUGGACCGGCAGACUAAUCUUGGCUUGGAAAUCAGCGUGCACUGUCCCUGCCACACUUUCAGGCCUAAUGGCGACAUCAUUGAGAAUGCCAAUGAAGUGCUAGAGGUCAAGUUCCAAGGUAUGGAAGGGGACUAUGACGAGCAGAGUCGUCUGGACCAGAGCCGUCUGAAGAAACAGAAGGAGCAGCUGUAUCCCCACCUCAUCCUUAUGAUGCUGCCUUCCCACAGGCUGGAUACCCAACCCUCAUCCCGCAGGCGCAAGCGGGCACUGGAUACCAAUUACUGCUUCAACAAUUAUGAGGAGAACUGCUGUGUGCGACCACUAUACAUUAAUUUCCGUCAGGACUUGGGUUGGAGGUGGAUCCAUCAGCCUGAAGGGUACUAUGCUAAUUUUUGCUCUGGACCUUGCCCUUACCUACGCAGCGCAGACACCACCCACAGCUCUCUUCUGAGCCUGUACAAUACCUUGAAUCCAGAGGCAUCUGCUUCACCGUGCUGUGUUCCUCAGGACCUGGAGCCACUCACCAUUCUCUACUACGUGGGUCGCACCCCAAAAGUAGAGCAGCUCUCUAAUAUGGUCGUCAAGUCCUGCAAGUGCAGCUAAAGGGCCGCGGGCCCAACGAGGGACAUGGGUUCUGAUGGUUCAGAGCACUACUCAGGAGCGAGGAUGAGGGGUUGUGGCAUGCAGCAUGUCUUCAGUGAAUCCCUCUUCCCGCAGCUUCAGGCCAAUCCAAGCUCUCUCACCAAACCAAAUCCCAGAGACAAGAUGCAAUCCACGUCGCUGCUCACGGUCAACGUCAAUCACUACUUCACCAACAACACCCUCAAACCAGGCCGGUUGCUGACUUCUAGCAGUUGAUAUUUCUCAAAUCAGUGUUCCCCCUCCCCAUGUUCCAGUAUUUUGAUCAGCCUGGGCCAAUGUUAUACACCAGAGGCACUCAAAGACUGUUUUCAAUAAAUAGAAAAACCGAAAAAAAGGAUGCAAAAUAAGAGAAUGCAAAUUGAAUUACGCACAUCAGGAAAAUAUCAAAGGAUGUAAAACAAAAAUUAUUGUUUGCUAAAAAGCAAACAUGUCACUUGGCCCCAGAAUGCACAGCCCCGACACACGGGACUCAAGUCCAUGUCCUGAGCUGGAAAACAGCGCUGUGCAUGCCGCAGCUCUCUAACACGGUUUACUUAAUAAUUAAAUCCUGUCCAAGAAAAAUGAACUUAAGAAGAAAACAUCCUGUAACCAACCUUAUUUCACAGUAGGAAUUCCUUAGCUAUGUUUACCUUUGUAAUGCAACGGGAUGGUGAUUUUUAGGGAUCAUUUUGUUCUAAAGUGGAGCCUUUCUGUUGUAUGAGAAAAUGUAUGUCACUAAGUGAACACUUAACUAGACCACAAACUGUAAAUGUUUUUUUUUUUCUUAUUAUUCCUGGAAACACCUUUUUUGUUUGUAUUAAAAUGGACAGUUGGAAGAAAUGAUGUGAUUUU